AUGUAUGCUGUUGACCAGUGUGGAUUUCUUGAACUUAAGCCAACACUUACGGCUAAACCCUUUAUUUUCGAUACCAAUUUCGAUGCCACUACUUGUCGACCAUCGUCAAAAGAUGAUGAUAAUAAUGCUGAUAAUAAUGCUGAUAAAAAUGCUGAUAAUAUUGAUGAUGAUAACAGUGAUGAUAAUAAUGAUGAUAAUAAUGCUGAUAAUAAUAAUGCUGAUAAUGAUGAUUAUAAUGAUGAUAAUAAUACUGAUACUGAUGAUGACAAUAAUGCUUAUAAUGAUGCUGAUGAUAAUAAUGAUAAUGUUGAAGAUGAUAAUAUUGAUGCUAAUAAAUAUGAUGAUAAUGAUGAUGAUAACGAUGAUAAUGGUGAUGAUAAUAAUGCUGACAUAUUAAAUAAUGAUGACAAUGGUGGGAAAAUAUUGUUUGACAACAACACUAGAUUGUAA